AUGGCCACCAUUGCCCUCCCUCGACCCCUGCCGCCCCACCGCUCGUCUUCAUCCACCAUCGCCUCGCUGGCAUCGCCAUUGACCAUCGACACUCUCAACCCACAGCCCGAGCAAUGCCCGCCCGCCGUCCCUAACAAGCACAUACCUGUGUGCCCGCCCGGCCCCGUGCCCCGCCAGGAACCCAGCACCCCACCCCCCUCCCCGGGCAAGCACGAUGACUGUGCCCAGUCCCUCCUCCACCCCCCGACCCACUUCGUCCGCCUUGAGUCAGGCCCUCUUACCCUGUAUGAGCUGUCCGUCGCCGACGUUGCCCUGGCCCUCGACUACGCCUCCCGCCAGCCCCUGCCCGAGCCUUCGCAGGUCUUCCCCUGGUUCCACGGCCUGCACCCCCUCAACCACCUGCAGCAGUCCUUCUUCACUGCUCGGAGCCGGUCCCUGAGGAGGACUCCUUUCUGCCUGCGAGGUAUCACUGUCGUCAAGGCCGAUGGCGACCUGGCUGUCUCGCGCCUCAAGGGCGCCAUAUCUCCCCACGAGUUCCUGCACUGCUCGUCCUCCUCGCCCGAGUUCCACGAUGUGGACCCCAAGGAGGGCUUCUCCGUGAGGAACUUCCAGAUCCAGGCCGCCAAAUCUGCCAUGACCUCGGACAUCAUCGUCUACGGCGACGACCCCUUGGCCACCAGGAAGAUGGCAUGCGACAUUGCUGCAGCCCAGCUCAGGUGGCGCGAGAGGCACGAGGCCCAGGGCCACCCCAUCCCUGCCUAUAACACUUUUGUCUGCGUGAGCCCCUUCGAAGACUUCGAGGAAAAUCACCCGGAGCUGGUGGCAGUCGACUCGGCUGGUCUUCUGACGGGAAACGUCAUCGACUUCGUCCAUCAGGAGCGCAAGGAGAUGUUUGCCAUGACCAAGCCCACCGCCAUCUCCCACAAUGUCUGGAUGGGCCCCACCCUCGAUCGGGGCUCCGAUGAGGACAAGUCGUUUGACAUACAGAUUGAGUGCAGUGACAUGGGCCGCCUUCACCCGGCCGCCCUCCAGGCCAUUGCCGAGGGCUCUGCCGCCGGGGCGGGACAGCAUUGCCUCGACUUCCCUUCCUCGGGCAGCAUCCUGCCAUCUUCGUGGUCCCAUGCCGAAGCUGAUGGCAUCAUCGAGACGUGCAAGUGGAUUUAUCACCUGGCCCACGGAACCUACCCAGCGACAGCUGGAAACGACGAGGACCAAGACACCGACAUGGUCGGAGAAGCGCCGCCAUCCCCAUACCAGGUGCCUCCGCAGAAGGUCCUGAUUCACUGCGGGGACGGGUACACUGAGUCCACCAUGCUCGGCAUCGCUUACUACAGCUACAGCACCGGGCGUCCUGUCCCGGAUGCGUGGCUGAAUCUGCACACCACACUCGGACGCAACUUUUUCGCUUAUCCCGCUGACGUCUCCCUGCUCACGGCUAUCGCUCCCCGCCUAUUAUCUCAGUCGCCUGCUCUCACCGACAGAACCCCGGCUGAAAUACAAUCCCUAGCUGCAGAAGAGCCCGAAUGGCUACCCGGAAUCGACGGCUCAUUCCCGAGUCGUGUGCUGGACUACAUGUACCUGGGCAAUCUUGGUCACGCCAACAAUCCCGAUCUGCUGAAGGCCUUGGGGAUCAAACAGAUCCUCAGCGUUGGGGAAACGACCAUGUGGCGGGACGGCGAGUUGGAGAAGUGGGGAGCCGAGAACGUCUGUCUAGUUCAGGGCGUCCAGGACAAUGGAAUAGACCCCCUGACAGAGGAGUUUGAAAGAUGCCUCGAGUUCAUCGACCAAGGCCGAAGAAAUGGAACAGCAACACUUGUACAUUGCAGAGUCGGGGUUUCUCGCAGCGCAACCAUCUGUAUCGCCGAGGUGAUGCGAGCAAUGGAUCUCUCGUUUCCUCGGGCGUACUGCUUUGUUCGGGCGCGACGGCUGAAUGUCAUCAUCCAGCCGCAUCUGAGGUUCGCCUACGAGCUGCUUAAGUGGGAGGAGACACUACAACGGAGGAAAAACACGAGCAAAGAAGCCCCCGCACGCUUGAGCAUCAAGCGGGAGCUAGAAUGGGCGGAGAUUGCGAGGGAAAUCGCUUUAAUGAACAGGCCGUACGCUAGAUGA